CCCGAACCCGCCGCCACAUUCCCGCUCCUCUCCCUCCCCUCCCCUCCGGUCGCGCCGCGCGUGCCUUCUCCGAGCAGCAGCCAUGGACGUCAACGAGGAGGCCAUGGCGGCGCACAAGCGCGCGUUCCUCGACUUCCUCGACCAGGAUGUCGGGAAGGGGGUUUACAUGCAGGCCGUGCGCGACAUGGUGCAGAACAAGCGCCACCGGCUCAUCGUCGGCAUGGAUGACCUCCGGAACCAUAGCCUCGACCUCGCCCGCAGGAUGAUACGGAGCCCCGGGGAGUACAUGCAGCCGGCGUCAGAUGCGGUGACGGAGGUGGCGAGGAACCUGGAUCCCAAGUUCUUGAAGGAAGGGCAGCGCGUGCUGGUGGGAUUCUCGGGUCCCUUCGGCUUCCACAGGGUCACGCCGAGGGACCUCAUGUCCUCCUUCAUCGGGACCAUGGUCUGCGUCGAGGGCAUCGUCACCAAAUGUUCACUAGUAAGGCCGAAAGUUGUUAAGAGUGUUCACUACUGCCCUGCUACUGGAGGCACUCUCUCACGUGAAUACAGGGACAUCACAUCUUUUGUUGGCCUGCCUACUGGUUCGGUUUAUCCAACAAGGGAUGAAAAUGGCAAUUUGUUGGUCACCGAGUAUGGGAUGUGUGAAUACAAGGAUCACCAAACACUGUCCAUGCAAGAAGUGCCUGAAAAUUCUGCCCCUGGACAGCUCCCGAGAACAGUGGACAUUAUUGUAGAAGAUGAUCUUGUUGAUUCUUGCAAGCCAGGUGACCGUGUCUCAAUUGUUGGUGUAUAUAAGGCUCUUCCAGGGAAAAGCAAGGGCAGUGUUAGUGGUGUAUUCAGGACUGUCCUUAUCGCAAACAAUGUCUCACUUAUGAACAAAGAGGCAAAUGCACCUGUCUAUACUCGGGAGGAUCUGAAGAGGAUGAAAGAAAUAUCAAAGAGAAACGACACAUUCGACUUGCUAGGAAAUUCACUUGCUCCAUCUAUAUAUGGUCACCUGUGGAUAAAGAAAGCAGUUGUGCUAUUAAUGCUUGGUGGCGUUGAGAAGAAUCUGAAAAAUGGAACUCACUUGAGAGGAGAUAUAAACAUGAUGAUGGUAGGAGAUCCUUCAGUUGCCAAGUCCCAGCUCCUAAGAGCGGUUAUGAACAUUGCCCCUCUAGCAAUUUCAACUACUGGAAGGGGUUCAUCUGGUGUUGGUUUGACUGCUGCUGUCACAUCUGAUCAAGAAACUGGGGAAAGAAGGCUGGAGGCUGGUGCUAUGGUUCUUGCUGAUCGUGGUGUUGUCUGCAUUGAUGAGUUUGAUAAGAUGAAUGAUCAAGACCGAGUGGCCAUACAUGAAGUUAUGGAACAGCAAACUGUGACCAUUGCAAAGGCUGGAAUACAUGCCUCGCUAAAUGCGAGAUGCAGCGUAAUUGCUGCAGCAAAUCCAAUAUAUGGAACUUAUGACCGUUCAUUGACACCAACCAAAAACAUCGGGCUUCCAGACUCAUUGCUCUCACGUUUUGAUUUGCUUUUUAUUGUUCUUGAUCAAAUGGAUGCUGAGAUUGAUCGUCAAAUUUCAGAACAUGUUGCACGGAUGCAUAGAUAUUGCACUGAUGAUGGAGGAGCAAGGUCUCUUGAUAAAACAGGAUAUGCUGAAGAAGAUGAUGGUGAUGUUAAUGCAGCCAUAUUUGUUAAAUAUGAUAGAAUGCUCCAUGGGCAGGACAGAAGGAGAGGCAAAAAAGCCAAACAGGACAGACUGACUGUCAAAUUUUUGAAGAAAUAUAUCCAUUAUGCCAAGAACCUUAUUCAGCCAAGACUCACUGAUGAGGCAUCUGAUCACAUCGCAACUUCAUAUGCUGAGCUCAGGGAUGCUAGUGCAAAUGCAAAGUCUGGUGGAGGUACACUUCCAAUCACAGCAAGGACACUGGAAACCAUAAUUCGUCUAUCUACUGCUCAUGCCAAGAUGAAAUUGAGGCAUGAGGUUCUAAAAACUGAUGUUGAAGCUGCACUUCAAGUUCUGAAUUUUGCAAUAUACCACAAAGAGUUAACUGAGAUGGAAGAGCGUGAACAGAGAGAAAUGGAAAUGAAACAACAAGCUGACCAUGAUGCAGGUGCAAGUGGUGGUAAUGCUGAUGGGCAUGGCAGUUCUGGAAACGAUCCGAUGGAUGUGGAUGUAGGAAAUGCAUCGAACGAUCAGGAUGUACCUGCCGAGAGAAUCGCAGCAUUUGAGGCAAUUCUCGGUCAGCAUGUGUUGGCAAAUCAUAUCGAUCAAAUUUCAAUCGACGAAAUUGAGCAAACAGUUAAUAGAGAGGCGGCUGCACCUUACAGUAGACGUCAAGUAGAAUUCAUUUUGGAGAGGAUGCAAGAUGCAAACAGGAUAAUGAUACGGGAUGGUAUUGUUCGGAUAAUCUAACUUCAAAUCAUGUCUUGCAUUGAGGACAAGCUGAUUACUACGGUGCAUCAUCCUUAUCUUUUCAACAGAUACUUGUCUAAUUUGGCAUUUCAGAAUGUCUGCAUCUGCACCAGAGGUUGAUGUAUUUGUGUAUCGUAAUUUUUAACAGCGAGAUUUUAGAUGGUCAUCUCUGCCGUUGUACUUUCAAUUGAUGUACUGUAACUUACAUUUCUUCUGA